GUCUGACCUCAGUCGAGAGGGCUCGCUGCUGAGCGCCUAGCGCUUGGCCCUGUCUGGUUGCUUUGCCACUCCUGCUCCGUUUCUCUGUCGUCACAGGGAACAAAUCUCUCCGGAGACUCAUUGGCCCGCUCCCAGAAAGGCGACAAGGUACCCAGGAUCCCUUCGUUUCCCUUCGAGGGGGCGCGGAGCCCGGCGUCCUCGGAAAAUGUCUACUGGACAAGAUCGAGUGGUGGUUCUGGUGGACAUGGACUGUUUUUUUGUUCAAGUGGAACAGCGGGAAAAUCCUCAUUUGAGGAAUAAACCUUGUGCAGUUGUGCAGUACAAAUCAUGGAAAGGUGGUGGAAUAAUUGCAGUGAGUUAUGAAGCUCGAGCGUUUGGGGUCACUAGAAGUAUGUGGGCAGAUGAUGCAAAGAAGUUAUGCCCAGAUCUUCUUCUGGCACAAGUUCGUGAGUCCCAUGGGAAAGCCAACCUCACCAAGUAUCGAGAAGCCAGUGUUGAAGUGAUGGAGGUAAUGUCUCGUUUUGCUGGGAUUGAACGCGCCAGCAUUGAUGAGGCUUUUAUAGAUCUGACUGAUGCUGUGGAAGAGAGACUACAGAAACUACAAGGUCAGCCUAUCUCAGCAGACUUGUUGCCAAGUACUUACAUUGAAGGGUUGCCUCAAGGCUCUACAACAGCAGAAGAGACUGUUCAGAAAGAGGAAAUACGAAAACAAGGCUUACUCCAGUGGCUCGGGUCUCUGGCAAUUGAUGGCACAGCCUCUCCAGAUGUGCGGCUCACCAUGGGGGCUGUGAUUGUGGAGGAGAUGAGGGCGGCCAUAGAGAGGCAGACUGGCUUCCAGUGUUCGGCUGGAAUCUCACACAAUAAGGUCUUAGCAAAAUUGGCCUGUGGACUAAACAAGCCCAACCGCCAGACCUUGAUCUCACACAGGUUCGUCCCACAGCUCUUCACUCAAGUGCCUAUUCGCAAAGUCCGUAAUCUUGGAGGAAAGCUUGGGUCCUCUGUCAUUGCAAUCCUAGGGAUAGAGUACAUGGGUGAACUGACACAGUUCACAGAAUCCCAGCUCCAGAGGCAUUUUGGGGAGAAGAAUGGGUCUUGGCUUUAUGCCAUGUGCCGCGGGAUUGAACAUGAUCCAGUGAGGCCCAGGCAGAUACCCAAAACCGUUGGCUGUAGCAAGAACUUCCCAGGACAGACAGCUCUGGCCACCCCGGAACAGGUGCAGUGGUGGCUUUUGCAGUUAGCCCUGGAACUAGAGGAGAGACUGACUAAAGACCAAACUGAUAAUGACAGGGUGGCUACCCAGUUGGCUGUGAGCAUUCGUGUACAAGGAGACAAACGUCUGAGCAGCCUGCGCCGCUGCUGUGCCAUUACUCGCUAUGAUGCUCACAAGAUGAGCCAGGAUGCCUUUGCUGCCAUCAGGAACUGUAAUACUUCUGGACUCCAGACUGAAUGGUCCCCCCCUCUCACAAUGCUCCUCCUCUGUGCUACCAAAUUCGCUGCCUCCUCCCCAAAGGUGCCGAGCAGCAGUUCAGAAUCUAAGGCCCCGGGGAGUGGCUCCAUGGUGGCAGCCACUAAGAAAGCAACUACUUCUUUGGAAUCCUUCUUCCAAAAAGCUGCAGAAAAGCAGAAAGUCAAAGAAGCUUCAUCCCUUAUCGCCACUGCCCAGGCCCACACAAGCAGUUCUCCCUCCAAGCCCUCAUCAGCUUUCCAAACCAGUAGAACUGCAGGAAUGGAGCCCUUCUUUAAGCAGAAAAGCCUGCUUCUACAGCAGAAAGAGCUUCACUCUUCGCCGUGUCUCCCGCCGCAAGAUCCGCAGGCCGACUGUAACGCGUUACCUGCAGAAGAUCCACACCGUGCCCCUGCUUGUGAAGGGCUGUUGAAAUUGGAACCUGCUGUAGCAGCUCCCGCGCAGAGGGAUUUGGCUCAGAACAGCUCAAGCCUGCUCGCUGCCUCUGCUUCCACGUCUGCUGUGGACGCGGCUCCGGGAGCAAGUACUGCCCCGAGUCUUCUGGCCGCUGAGGACCAAGUGUCCUGUGAGAAGUGCGGCUCCCUGGUGCCAGUGUGGGAGAUGCCGGAACACCUUGACUAUCAUUUUGCACUGGAGCUCCACAAAUCCUUCUUGCAGGCACACUCCCCAACCCCCCAGGUUGUUCCCGUCAAGUCUCCUCAAGGCAAAAGAAAUCCCAAGAGUCCUUUGGCUUCCAGUAAUAAACGCCCCAGGCCUCAAGGCAUGCGGACACUGGAAUCAUUUUUUAAACCAUUAGCACACUAGUGCUGCCUUCGGGCUUGCUGUGGGAUAUUAAUGUUUUAUCUGUAACCCUGGAAUAUGGACAUACAUUCACUUCUUAAGGAAAUUUAUGACGAUGAAACUUUUAAUACCCAAUUAAGGUUUCCAUCUCUUCACAUGCACAAAUUCUAAUCCCAUUGCUGGUAGAGAUGUAAAAAUGCUCCCUCCCUUUGACGUUUUAAUUUUAGACUUUAGGGAGGUAAUAUCAUGCAUUAAAAAGUGUGUAGGCCUUUGAGCCUAAGAGACCUGCUUCCAAACCUGUAUGCCUUGAGCAAGACACCUUCUCUGCAAAGCCUAAGAGCUUACAGAUUACUGAAAAUCAAAAUGAUAUAAAGCACCUCACUUAAACUUGGCAUCCAGAAGGAACCCAGUUAAAAAACCUUUUAAAAAAAGAUUUAUUUAUUUGAAAGGCAGAGUGACAGGGCGAUCUUCCAUCUGUUAGUUUACUCCCCAAAUGGCCAUAAUGGCUGGGGCUGGGCCUGGGCCUGGGUCAGACUGAAGCCAGGAGCCUGGAACUCCAUCCAAGUCUCCCAUGUGGAUGGCAGGGGCCCAAGAAUUGGGGCCAUCUUCUGCUGCUUUCCCAGGCACAUGAGCAGGGAACUAGACCAGAUGUGGAGCAGCUGGGACUCCAACUAGUGCUCCAAUAUGGGAUGCCUAUGUUGCACGUUACAGGUGGCAGCUUAACCCACUGUACCACCAUGCCAUCCCAAAAAAAGGUUUUUUUUGUAAAUGAAUUUUUUAUUUUUUUAAAUUUUUUUGACAGGCAGAGUGGAUAGUGAGAGAGAGAGACAGAGAGAAAGGUCUUCCUUUUUGCCGUUGGUUCACCCUCUAAUGGCCGCUUCAGCCGGUGCAUCUCGCUGAUCCGAAGCCAGGAGCCAGGUGCUUCUCCUGGUCUCCCAUGGGGCGCAGGGCCCAAGGACUUGGGCCAUCCUCCACUGCCUUCCUGGGCCAUAGCAGAGAGCUGGCCUGGAAGAGGGGCAACCGGGAUAGAAUCUGGCGCCCCAAGUGGGACUAGAACCCGGUGUGCCGGCACCGCAAGGCAGAGGAUUAGCCUGUUAAGCUACGGCGCCGGCCGCCAAAAAAAGUUUUUAAAAAAUUUUCUCCUAGCUCUGUGACAGAGCAGUUUGGAUAAUGCCUUGAGCAAAACUGUUUCUUCAGUUGGGGAAUAUGAAGUGAAACCUGGAAACCCACAGAGUGACAUGGUAGCUGGGGCAGGGCAGGGCUCUGCUUACCAAAGCUACACAUUAAACAUUGCGUUUCAUAGAAGUGAACCCUCUAACAGCCUCAGUUGUAGUCACUGGCCCUUCUGCAUUUUACUCUAAUGUAGAUUGUGGUUGCUCCUGGGCCAGUUCAAGAAGUCUGUUGAGAUUGGACCAAGUCAUGGUCAGAACUAGGUCACCUCUAGAACCGUGCUAGUCCAGCUCUUGAGUGGCAGCAGCACGAGGGGACUUGCUGGAAACGGUCUCGGCCUCACCACCACGCCUGCUCGGUCAGAAUCUGAUACAAACAAGACUCCCUGUACGUUUUUAAAUUUUACAACCACUGGUCUACAGGAUGCCAAAGGUCAGGUUUGUGGAGAACAGUAACAUUUGCUGUACAAACUUUAGGGAAGUGCUUGGGAGGCUCGCUGGCAUGUUCACCUCUCUCCUAUUAAAGUAUGAAUUGAGGGUUUUAUAUUCGUGAUUGUAGCCUUUUGUACUUGUUCCAUGUUUGUAGGAUGUGUGGGAGGUCACUUUUGGCUUUUCUGAUAGAGGGAACCUUGAAUUCCUUGUGUAACCCUCCUGGAGAACUGAACUAGGUGGUGACUGGCUAAACGUGGCAGGAAAAUGCUGUUCAUGUCAUUUCUAUGUGUGCGAACCAGCCUCUGAGCUUUUUUAAAUGGACAUUUCAUGUAAAGAAGGGAGGAAGCCACUAGGAAUCAGUUUUCAAAGAUAUUUGUCAUUGUUAUGGCACUGAAUACAGUGAUUCACUGUGUAUUUGUCUUUCCCCUACUAGACUUGUAGCUUCUUAAAAGCAAGAAUUCCUAACAAUGCCUUGCAUGUAAUAAUAUUUUAUAUUCCAUAAAUAUGUAGUGACAUUCUAGAUGUGAUUAUUAGAAUUGGGGCAAUAAAAAUGUUUAAGCUCCUUAGGGGCCAGCCCUUACACAUCCUCCUAUUCCCUGAGUGUUCUGGCUGAGCCAGAGUGGCAGGGUGGCUCUCACUCUAAUGCUCUCAGGACAAAAUGUCACAUCGCACCUUGGGCCACAUUUGUCAUUGUCUUUUGCUAGGGUCAGUGCUCAAAAUACAGUCCCUGGCUUUGUUUUGUUGUUUGUUUUGUUUUUUUCUUGCAGAUGACUGACUCUUUUUUUUUAUUUGAAAGGCAGAGUAAUAAAGGGAUCUUCCAUCUGCUGGUUCACAUCCCACAUGUUAACCUAGAACUCCUUCAGGGUCUCCUGCGUGACAGGGUUCCCAAGCACUUGGGCCGUCUGCUGCUGCCUUCCCAGGUGUGUUGGCAGGGAGCUUGAUUGGAAGCAGAGCACUGGAACUCAAACCAGUGCUCAGGCAUGGCACAGCUUAGCUCACUGCACCAGAAUGCCAGCCUCUUGACUUUAGCUUUGAGCCUUAUUUUUGUACUUCUAAAAUAAGAUAGGUAGUGGGGACUGUGGUUUGGCCAGGCUAAGGACGUAGCUAUAUAAACCUGAAAACUGUACUCCAAGUAGCUGGCAGAGCACAGAGGAAGCGUACUCUCUACUGCCGAAACCUCUUGCAAGCAGCCAAUGCCCCGAGUCCACGGAGCUACCUACUCGAGCUGUUUUCAGUUUCACUUUCUACUCAGAGACCUGCGUAACGGGCCAGAACACUUGGCUGUCACACUGGAACCUGGAUCCUCUGUGGGGCAGAUGAGAGAAGAAUGGGAAAUGGGAUCCCAUGUGGGUUCUUUCCUACCCAGGGCUCAGCGGUGUUAGGGUUCUACCCAUCUCUGGAGAGAAAUCUAGCUCUUUAAAGUGGAGUCUGGGUCCUAAACACAAGCACAGUGUAUUCAAUAAAACUUUUUUAUU